GUCGGCAGUCUGCGGAGGAAGGAGUCUGUCCACAAAAUACACCGCCGACAGGACUAUUUGUGUCUCGGGCUAAGGCUGUGAGCCAGCUGAAGAGAUGCCUGUGUGAUUCCUGUUUUGAGUCGUCCUCCUAUACCUCACGUUGAAGGAAGCACAUAGCCGGAGAAACAGAUGAAUUGGUGCUUAACGUUGUCAUCCAGGGAAGCUGCACCUGCGUGUUAGAAAGAAGAGCUCUGCUGUCUGUCCACUUGUCUUGUCUCCUUUUCCGUCCAUGAAAUGGUGGUGAUGGUCGCAUUGGUGAUAAAUGUGUGAGGAGAAAAGCCCCUGUGGUCCUCCCUCUGCACUGCACACUUCCUCAUGGAUUCCAACAAUGACGAGGCACUUGAUAUCAUCGUCACCAAUGUGGUGGCAACCUUCAGGACCAGGUGCCACCUCAACCUGCGCACCAUAGCCUUAGAGGGAUCCAAUGUCAUCUAUAAGCCAGAAGUAGGGAAAGUCCUGAUGAAGCUUCGUAAGCCCAAGAUAACAGCCUCAAUCUGGUCUUCGGGGAAAAUCAUUUGCACUGGAGCAACAAGUGAGGAUGACGCAAAGCUGGGUGCUCGCAGGUUAGCACGCCUUCUGCAGAAACUGGGCUUCAAGGUGAGGUUUUCAGCCUUCAGAGUUGUGAAUGUGCUUGCAGUGUGCUCCAUGCCGUUCGCAAUCCACCUUAUUGACUUCACCAAGAACAACCGACCCAUUGCCAGUUAUGAACCAGAGCUCCAUCCUGCUGCCACAUACAGGAUCAAACAAAUCAAGGCUACUAUACAGGUGUUCUCUACUGGCAGCAUCACAGUUACAGGACCAAAUGUGCAGAACGUGGCCAUGGCUGUUGAGCAGGUCUACCCACUACUGUUUGAGUGUCAGAAACCGCUCUGCAAAUGAAGGAAAGAAGGCAACAUGUCAUUUGUUACAAGUGAGGAAGCACCUUAUCCUUGGAUUUACUUGCUUGAUUUUGUCACUGUGCGGCAACAGCGGCAAACUUCUAUGUCAAUGUACUGGAUGUCACCUGGAUUUUUAAAAUUCCUUAACAGUCCUCAGUUGGAGUUUUAAAAGUUCCCUCUCACAAAAUGUCAGUGUUGUCGUGGAUUGUGUGGCUCUUGUGAUUUAAACAACAUAAAAAAACCUGCAAGAAUUGCAAACAUCGUAACCCUCAGCAGAAACUGCUCCUCCGAACCUGACUGACACUGGAGGGGGUGGAAGUUACCUGCUCUCGCGACUAAUUUGGGUGUUGUUGCAUGGGCACAGAAAGACAAGUUUUUAUCAUUUAACCAUUUUAAUGCUUUGUGACCACUGCAAAGAGUCGGUAUGUUAACACUUAAAGGCCUCAACUUUAACCCUGUGUACAAGAAGUCGUCCCAUUUGCCACUUUUUGAAGCAGAAUCUCCGUCCAUGGCUCAUUUGUGGAUGUCUUAAUGCAUAUACGAGGCAUCCGCAGUAUUGCCCAUAUUUUUGCCCAUAACAGCAAAAGCAGUGAAAUCAUAGACCAUAGAGUCUGGACUUCUACACUUUUACUGAAAGCAGGAAAAUGAUGUAACAAAACGUUUUUAAGCUAAUAUUUGCUCACCACAUGAAUUCAAUUGUGAUUUUAAUAUUUUGUCUCUCACAUUUCCUACUUAGUUUGGUUGUAAGUUGACUAUGAAUUUGUUCUUAACUGUCACAUUGGAUCAGAAUGCACACGCAUGUGUGAUCUGAUUUUUUAAACACAACACAGAUAUAAAACAUUUUUUUUUUCUAGCCUGGACGAUGCACAGAGUAAGACUGAUGUCCUAAAUGUUUUGGAAUAUAGUGAAAACUUUUGAAGGGUUCAGGUCAUUGAUUGUAUAUAAAGAUGGACGACUGUACAAAACUGAAGCCAAAGUAUCCCUGACACAGUUGUUGCCAUCUUGCGCUGGUGGAGCCAUGGUCUGAGCAGUAGUGAUCUCCGCGGUCUUGAGUUCUUGCCCAAACACCCGUCAGACAAAUCACGGGCACUCACACAUUGUGUGAUUGGCACACACAGCUCCCCCUUUUUUCAGACAUCAAAUUACAAGUUAUAACCAAACUUAUCAGAGAAAACAACAAACAUAUACGUGAUAAGAACUACCAAAAAUGGCUUAUGACCUGUACUGCAGCCAGACAUCAGGGGGCUAUUGAGAUGUUUUGGCUUCACUUUUGGGGGGUUGUCAUGUCUCUACCUUUAUAUGGAUGUGGUUUGGGUAUGUUUUAUUUUUCAGGCGGUGUGUUGCUGAUCCAUAGUCUCCUCUACUGGUCAGUCCCAAUUUAUGGUUGUGCUGAGACAAGGCAGGGCAUUUAAAGUAAGCCUUUUGGUUGGCACAAAAGUUACUACAUCAUAAAAUCUAUUCCAGAACUGGUCUUGGAAAUUGCAGUAAAGGCACAGGAGAAAGUAACAGAAACUCAAAUACAAAGUGGAUGUUCAAAGGUCCGGUGUGUUGGAUUUAGUGGCGUUUUGCAGUCAGGUAGCAGGCAAACAGUGAUUCUUAGUUUAAGGUGAUCGGCACAUGAAUAGAAACAUAUUUGUGAACAUUAUAUAUAAUUUUCACCAGUGGAUGCCACUAAAUCCUACACACUAAACUCUUUGAAGCCGGUGCAAA